ACAAGCUAAAGCUCGGACGAACAUGGUGGUGAGACUGCGCCUGGCCCGCUGGGGACGUAAGGAUCUGCCUUUCUACCGCAUCGUGGCGGCAGACGCUCGUGCUCCGCGCGAUGGCAAGCACCUGGAGAUCCUUGGGACGUUCAACCCAAUUGCUGCUGGCGAUGGUGUGAAGGAACUUCGUGUGAACAGUCAGCGUGUGCGCUACUGGAUGUCAGUGGGUGCACAGCCUUCCGACCGUGUGGCACACCUUCUGGGUCUUGCUAACGUGCUGCCCAUGCCGCCUACUCGUCAGUACACCAAGAAGAAUGUGCCCAAGAAGGACCGCGAGUAGACACCAGCACAGGAUAAAGGCAGCUUAAGUGUAGGGAGUAGACGGAGAUACAUAUUUUUCACAUGAAA